GCAUCAGUAUGAAGCAGGCGGUGACGGCGUAGUGGUUCACUGUCGGAGCUCGGUUCACUAAUGACCGAAUCACCGAGGAACCGACCAAAGAUAACUCACAUCCGCACGGAGAAGAACAAGAGGAGAAGAUGAGCUGGAGUGGGGCAAAGAGAACUGCAUUCAGAUCAAACGGAUACAAGAGAGGUGGCUGAGUAGUUUGAGGAUCUGAAGAAUCGAGUGUCACAAUUCAACAUGCACAUCAGCGAAACUUCCUCUCCCUCUGACUACACCAGUGUGCGCACACAGAAAUUCAUAGUGCAUGUAACACACACGCACACACACACACGAGUAGAGCAGGUGUAGUUUAACAGCAUAUGUGUAUAAAGAGGCUUUUUUCUUCAGGUCAAAAUAUAUACAGCAGCGGUGCCCAAUAUGUCGAUCGUGAUCGACUGGUCGAUCGCAAAGGAAGUGCGGGUAGAUCGCCAUUAAAAAAAAAAAAAGAUGUUAGUUGACGUACAGGGCAGCCAGUCUGAGAUCUCGUCUUUUCUCUCACCAUGCGUGUGCGAUCAAGCGUGCCAGUGCUAAAGGCUAGCGAGAGAAAUUGUGGGGAGAGGACAUUUUUCAGUCUUUUAAAGACUUCAUUGACAAAACCCAGCUCCCAGUGUGCAAAUUGAUAUCAGUCAAUGGUUGAGCGGCGCAAAUGGAUUCAUUGCCAAGUGCAGGGAAGACGAUGCUUUCCCUGACUUCCGUAACUACCACUGCAUAAUACACCAACAAGCCUUAUGUGCAAGAAUGCUAGACAUGAAAGAGAUCAUGGAUGUGGCAACAAAGGUCGUCUGUUCUAUACGUGCUAGAUCACUUCAAAGACGGCUGCGCAUCUGGAGAAGGCACACUGCGACCAAUCAGCUCCUGCUACACACUGACGUGAGAUGGCUUAGUAGGGGUAAAUUCCUGCAGAGAUUUCAAGAGCUCUGUCCGGAGAUAAGCCAGUUUCUUUUUGCUGUUAAACAUGCAGAAUACACCCAGGUCAAUGAUGAUCAGUGGCUGCUGGACUUUUUUUAGCCGAGCAUUUUUAACCGAUCUGACCAACUUAAUUUGGAGCUGCAAGGAAAAGACAAAAAUUAAAGGCAGUUAAUGCCUUUAAACGGAAAAUGCAACUUCUGUUUUCAAAGCUGCAGCGCCAUGUUUUUGGGAACUUCCAAAACCUCGCGUCAGAGCUGGAGACGCAGCGGAAUUGCGGCUUGUGCGCAGUUUAACAUUGCACGCUACUCGGAGCAGAUUGACAGCUGUCGGUCAGAGUUUGACAGACGCUUCAAGACUUUGCUUUACUGGAGCCAUUCGCCACAUUCAUGUGCUACCCGUUUAGGGACAAUGUUGAGGUUGAUUCACUCACAUCGAAAAUUGCAGUGCUGUUUCACCUGAACUCGUCUGAAGUGGAGGAUGAGAUUUUGAAACUACAGACUGACAUUCAGCCGAAGUCCAGGGCUCAUGGACAGUUCUGGAACUUACUCACAGGGGAAAAUUACCCAAACAUGAGGAAAUGUGCCACCUCCUUGACUGCAUUAUUUGGCUCUACUUAUUUAUGUGAGUCAGCCUUUUCCCUCAUGAAGAUCAUUAAUUCCAAAUACCGUUCCACAAUGACUGAUCAUCAUUUGGAGGCCUGCUUGAGGCUGGCUACCAGCAGCUACUGUCCGGACUAUGCAACCCUGGCUGAUUCUAUUCAGUGCACGUCGUCAGAGUAAGGUGGCGAUUGCAGGCGCAUUUUAUCCGAACUGCUUCCUCCAGGGAACUGUGGACGAGGAGCUCGCCUCCAAGGAACUCUAUGGAAACGACCCCAGGACCACCGUAGUGGUAUUGUCAGCUUCCAUUUAACUAGGGGAUUAUUGUUAUUAUUAAUAAUAUUUCUCUCUCUCCCUCCCUCUCUCUCUCUCCCUCCCUCUCUCUCUCUCAGGUGUGUAAUCUCCCUCCAUUUGCAUUCCUCUACUAUAGACAGCUCCAGUCUCUCUUUAGACACUGUGGUUAAGUCAAAUCCAUCUCCUUUGACAGCUCCAGGGCCUAUGUAGAGUUCUACCGCUCGUCAAUGAGAGGUUCUGGCGUUCUCCCAGAGGUCUCUCUGUCUCUCCUCCUCACGCAGCAGAGACUUCCUCUCCAUCUCAACGUUUAACCCGCUGGAGAGGUGGAGACUUGGGCAGGGGGGUAGUGUAUCUCACACCUCAGAUAUACACGGGUGAAUGUGGAUAUUCAGAAUCGGUCAGUGAGCCCUGUCGGAGUUCUGAGCAGCUCCGUUGAGCUGGAGAAUCUUCCAUCUAACCCUGUCUUUAUCGUCAGUAUCACCGAGGUCAUCAAAGUCGGGCAUUUCUGGGGUUUCCAGGCUCACGCGGCAAGUCUGGAGAAACAGAGGUGGCUGACAGUGGCCGGUAAUACACGGCGCUCUGCCCACUUCCUGUCUCACUUUAUUCAAAUCUUGUGUCUCGCCCCUUUCUCUGAAACUCUCACCAAACCUGGGAACUACUACAGAGCCAAAAUACUGCAUGUCAUAGGGAGUAAUGUGGAGGUAUUCUUUGUGGACUUUGGAAACACUUCCAAGGUGCCAUGUAACUCUCUGCUGACCGGCAAGCUCUGCCCUUUCAGGCUCAGGAGUUCAGCGUGGCGUGUUUGGCAUCAUCGGCACAGUCAGUCAAGAACUUAAACAAGAAAAGAUUGGUAUCUGGACCGGUUUCAGCUGUAAAAAUCCUGAUCGGAGCAUCAGUAAUGAACACCAUUAACCUAAAGCGCUCUGCAUCUGACGGGUUGUGUUUGAGUUGUGCAGGCUUGUCACCUGACUUAAAGAAGGCAUUGUUUGAAGGGCUUGAUCAACACCUCCCACGGCUCCUGCAGUUGUACAACACCGAGAGGCAGUGAAAUACCCGAAAUCCAACAUGUGAUGACCCGCAUUGAUCAAGAGAGUAAAGAGUGAGAGACAUCACAGCGAGAAUGCAAUUCCAAAUCUGUAACAUGUAAUUUUACGCUAUCAGAAGGAGAGACGCGUUCAAUCUCAGUCUUUAAUUAGAUCUCUGGCAACGAAGGGACAGGAGCCUGUGGUUUCCUACUCUGAACGCUGUUCGAGCCAGGAGGCCCCACUCCACCCUUCACCACCCUGUCGGUCACCCACCCAGCCAAUCACAUCACUCUUGUAGAGCUGCACCGACCAGAGAAACACAACGCCAUGAAUUUAUUUUGGAUACAGGCAGAGGAAGCUCAGCGAAAGCUUAAGAGACAGAAUGGAGAGGACCCAGCCCUGCCUCCAUUCUGCCCACUGUUUGCCAGCUUGGGAAACAUUCUGCAGUGUGACGUGCUGCUUGGCAUGCUGGGAGCUGUGCUGCAGUGGGCUAUGGAGCCCACUGGAGGACACUGGUCUGAGUCCAUGCUGCAGAGGAUGGUGGUUAGCAUUAAAACGAAGCGUGAGUGCACAACUGCUGCACCUCCCUGUGAAGGAACAGGGCACUGUCACAAGGAGACUGUGUGGGACAAAGACAAAGCAGAGAGAAAAAGGAAAGCUGAACUGUGCUGGAAAAAGACCAUGGCUCAAACAUUAGAGAGCCAGAGUCAUUUUAUCAAUAAGUACAUAGAUCUGCUCACGCAGGAUUCAGAGGAUCUGGACGCCUCAGCCUCUACAUCAGCAGAGCAUAGCCCCAGUUCAUGUGAUGGUGCUCUGGUGAGUGUGGGACCUCGUCAUUGGCGUGCCAGAGGAGGAGAGAGGAGGCAGAUGGAGAUGUGUGUCCUGUGUCACGAAGUGCAGGAGAUCCUACCUGAUGGCACCGCCAUGGUGCUCGCUGCCUUUGUCCAACGCUCUACGGUCAUGUCCAAGAACCGCAAAAGACCCCCUCACAAUCCAGAGAGCUAUGAUCCCCUCUUCAUGCACCCUGACCUGUCCUUUGGUACCCAUACCGACAGCUGUGGCCACAUCAUGCACUCUCACUGCUGGCAGAGAAUCUACAACCAUGCCACGGAUAAAAUCACUGGAUUACAUUCUGGUGUUUGAUGUGAAUAUUGACUGAAGCUCUUCAUCUGAUCCUGCUUGAUGUUGUACAUUGUGGUGUUGCCAUAUGAUUGGCUGAUUGGAUAAUUGUAUGAAUGAGCACAUGUACAAGUGAUCAGUGAGCACAUCCAUCUACAAUAGAGGUAUUUUGGGGCAAUACUUGACAAUGUACCUGGCUUUGUUAGAUUUGUGGCCAAGUUGAAGAAGCUUUUGACAGCCGAAUGGAAAAAAAUUAAUAAAACAAUCCAGGACAAAUUCACUUUGUCUUU